AUGGAGGUCACUUGUGACCGUGGAACCAAUGAUUGCAAAUCAGAUAUGGAGCUUGGCGAUCCUCCCAUACAAUGUUGCGAGUGGCAGGUGGAGGAUGUAAUAAAAUGGGCUAAAGAUUAUGAAAUGCAGCCCGCAGUUAUAAACUGCUUGACCCUUGAACGCAUUGAUGGCAGUGAUCUUUUAGAAUUAAAUGAAAACGAUAUUCGAGAUUUUCGUUAUCGGCUUCAAUACAACCUUAGGAUGAGUGAUAUGAAAAAACUGUGGGUAGCUGUACGGACUCUACAACAGAGUCAGUUGCAUUCACCCCUCCAGCACGCUUGUACAUGUACGCAUAUGAGCACAUCCAUAUCAGCGGAUGGAUCGCCCAUAAAUCCUCACAAAAUUCGUGUAGCUUCUGGUUGCUACAACGUAGGCACAUGUAGUUGUACACUCGCUCAAACUGGUGGUAGUGGUGGGAAUUGUUAUUAUUCAGAUGCUUGUGCACCACCGCCAACGUUAAGUGGUAGUGCGGAAGGUGAAAACUUAUCUCCCCCGAUGUCAGUUGAUGGGCGCGCUACCAACAUACCACCAGAGCUAUUUAAAACCGCUAUUAGCCUAGAUAUACAUAAACGUGAAGUUGUGAAAAUUAUUGCUCAUUUCUCAAAAGCGUCUGAGUCAAUGUUGUGCUUCUACACAUUACGCAAUUGUGCACAAUAUAUAAAGAACAGUUUACAAAUGAAAGACAAUGGAGCACCCCUCGAUGGCUGUGCAUACUUCUCACCUAAUGGUCCAUACCAAGUCCGGAAAAUAAUAUUGCAAUUUAGCGCCUGUUCCGAUCAAUCACGCAACGUCAUCAAAUCAAUUUGGGACUUCUUUGAUGAAAUUUCCGAUGUGGAUGCACAUGACUUGCUACAACGUGCAGAAGCAGCUGACCGGCAUAUCGCCAACAAAACGGCCGAAUCAAGCACAUCUGCAUCCGUCACCACCACUCAACUGAAUCCCAACGAAAUACGCCAGCUACUGAUUUAUCCGCCAGGUAAAGGUGGUAUUUCAAUUAAUACGGAAGACUACCUUUGCUUGGCCACUGAUCAGUAUCUAAACGAUAUCAUAAUCGACUUUUAUCUUAAAUGGGUACACAACAAUGUCAUCCCACAGGCACAGCGUGAUCGCGCUUUCAUUUUCAGCACUUUCUUUUACAAGCGCUUAACAACACUAACACGACAUCAUCACAACGUAGACAAAGAUGUCAAACAGACUGCAGCACAAAAGCGGCAUGCCCGUGUUCAGAACUGGACAAAAAAUGUGAAUCUAUUUGAGAAGGAUUUUAUCAUAAUUCCAAUCAAUGAGCAAUCACAUUGGUUCCUAGCGAUAAUUUGUUUUCCUACGUUGAAAGGUCCUGUAACGUAUGAUACGAAUAUACCAGUGGAGCCGCAACUUUUGAAGAAGCAAAAAGGGAAGAAGGUAUCGCUGCAAAUUGGUAAUACGACUAUAACACCACUCUCAAAACGUGAUAGCGGAAAUAUUCUGGCGGAAGUGUGUGGAGUUGGUGAUGAUGACAGCGAGCGUGAUGAAGCGGAAGGCGACGAAAGUGAUUUAGCAUCAGAAGAAAGUGAUUUCGAUAGCGGAACCAGUGCAUCUGCAGUGUCAUCCACAGCGAAUGCAUCAGCGGUAGCAAAUAAUAACAAUUCCAAUAAUAGCAAUACUGGCGGCGUUAAAUCACAAGCAAUCAAGCAGCCGUUGAUAUUAAUUUUUGAUUCGUUGGCUGGUGCGUCACGUAGUCGAGUUGUUGCUACAUUACGAGAUUACUUGACGUGUGAAUAUCGAGCUAAAAUGCCUGAUGUGACACCUCAUAUAUUCAACAAGGAUAAUAUGCCGGGUCAUGGCGUUAAAGUGCCACAGCAAAAUAACUUCACGGACUGCGGUCUUUAUCUUUUGCAAUACGUGGAACAAUUCUUCAAAGAUCCAAUCAGAGAUUAUAGAGUGCCGAUUAAACAGUUAAGUAAUUGGUUUGAUACAAUAACGGUAACUCGCAAACGCGAAGACAUUUCCCAGCUAUUGCAACAGUUAAUGAACGAACGUAAUGGACCAAAUCAUCAAGUGAUUUUACCGGAAAUUCCUUUGCCCACAUUGAAUGGGGUACUCCUUGAGCCUCCCGAAGGUUAUAAUAUAGAAUUUGAAGAAGAGGAAACUGGCGAGGAUGUAGCUGAUGAGGACGAUGAGAAUACAGCAAGCACUAGUGCAGAUGGUGCAGCUAACGAUGCGGAUGGCACCGCCAGUAGUGCCCACACUGAUGAACUGGUUAGCGUAAAAGUGCCAACAACAAAGGCAUUGACAACCACGGCCGUGGUGCCUACACAGGGUCGAAAAAUCGUCGUAAAACGGCGAAUGCAACUAGUUAGCGCCACAGCAGGUAGUAACAAUAGUGAAACGUUAACGACAACAACAUCUGCAGCGGCGGGAAUAGCAGGUCCAAGUAUACGUGGUGGGAACCAAGCUAAGUAUCGCAAGUUUGAAUAGAUCACCUACUUUAGAACACUCGCCGAUGAAACUCUUAAGCUCUUAUAUAAGUGUUUUAUAAUGACUGCGGGCUUUUGAAGUACUAUGUGCUAUGAAGUGUUAAAAACUUCGUUUCACGCCUACUGAUUACUAUAGAUUUAAUUUGAAGAAUGAUUAUAUACAUAAAUCACAAAUUUCUGUUAUUAUCGUUCGUGCGUGUGCUUUAUAAGAUAGUUUUGUAUAUCUUAGGCUACUAAUUUCUUACAAGUAAUUUUUGUGUAUAAAAGGAAAGGAUAAAAAGCGAAUCAAAGAAUAAAUACUGGCACGAUUUAUUUUUAUUUACAUAUAUAUUAAGUGAAGAACAGAAUUUAAAAUAGGAGGGAUGAAAUUCUUUUGUAUCAUUUAAAAUUAUAUGAAACUUCUACAACUGUUCUAGUUAAAAAUAAACUUAAUAUAUUCAAACUUAUAUUCGUGCAACUUAAACUUAUUUGACUAUUCGCUGCACACCGUAGCCGCUUCUUAAAGAGCGAUGCUAAAAAUUCAUUUUUUCAAAUGUUGAUAUACAGACCACAUCUCCUAUAUAAAUAUUGGGUUCAUAACUGCUACUAGUUACCGCAUACAGCAGUUCACAGUUAACUGUAUAGUAAAAAAAAAAAUCGGAUAUCGAAAGCGAGUUCACGUGUGUUAAUGAAAUGUGUUUUUAUAUCCUUGGUUUGAAAUUAAUUUUGUUAGUGAGGAAGCAAUGUGCAUUAAUUGUUUAACAACCUUUUAUAAAUAUUCAAUUUCAUCGAUUUCAGAAAUAUACAGGCAUGUUCUGCAAUUCACUUCCGAGUGAAUUUCAACCGCCGCCAAUUAGAAUUCAAAGUGUAUUUGAUUGAAAUUCUCUCGAAAGUGAAUUACAGAACCACCCCGAUAAGGAAUAAUUUGUAGUAGACUUAAUUUGUUUAAAGGUAGAUUUUUUAAAUGAUUUUUUCUUCAAAACUUAAAAGUUGUUUUCUGAACUUUUCUUUAUUUUACGCGUUAGACUAUAUAAUAGCAAACUUAAAAAUUGGCAAAAGCGCUUUGCGUAUUUGAGAAAAGUAUAAUUUAAAAACUCACCUUGGAAAAUUUGGUUUACUACAGAAUAUCUCGGACACCGAUCCAAUCAAAUAUUGAUACAGUGCUAUAAAACAAUCAACAUAAUGCUUUUGAAACCAAUAUUAUCUUUCAACACUAAAAAAUCUAUUUCAAUAGCUCGCAUUCGAUAUCGAAAAAUAAUAGUUUUACUCAACAGUAAAUUUUUAACUGCUGUACGCGGCAACUGGUAGU